UGUUUCUUUUCAGCGCGUCUUCACAAGAACCUGCAACUAAUUUCACUGAACGUUCCAAAACUUAUUCUACUGAUGAUAGGAAAUCAAUAAAAUGGGAAAAAUAUAUUCUCUACUUUUACGACCAAUUCGUACAUUUAAUAUUGAAAAUAAUGCACAACGAAUUAUUUCAAAAGAUAAACCAGUGCGUGCUCCUUUAUAUUCGUCAGUAGAGCAACAAAAGAAGCUCGUAGAUAAAUUAAAACCUGAUUUUAUGGAAAUUCAUUAUAAGAAGGAUUCUGAAUUAGAUGACCGUUUAAAAAAUGUUUUUGUUAAAUCAAAAGAUCUACAGGAUAUACCAAAACAAAAUAUAUCCAAAUUACAAGAUAGAAGUCAACGUUCUUCAGAAGACUAUGAUUUUAAAACUUAUGAGGGUAAAUGUAAUAUAAAACAAGUUAUGCAUUUCAUGAAUAUGCACUAUGAAAAUCCUAUAGAAUAUUCUGUAGAAAAAAUAUCUCAACAAUAUAAACUAGAUAAACAAAUAAUAGAAAAUAUUUUAACAUAUUUUAAAAUUUUACAUUGUGUAGCAGAUGCUGAACAAUUGAAAUUAAAUGAUGGUAAGAAAAAAUAACAAUUUUAUUUUAUA